AUGGAGAGGCUCCCCGGCGCCCUCCGAGCGGACGACAGCAGCGGGGGCGGUGGCCUCGGCAGCGGCGGCGGCGGCCGGCGCCAGCGGCCAGCGGUCGCGGGGCAGGGCGCCUUCGAGCGGGGACGGUCGCGGCGGCGGCGCGCGCCCCGGCGGGCGCGCGGCGCGCGCGGCCGGGCGGCGCGGGCAGGACGACGCCUUCGUGGGAAAAGGCGCGUGGCGCCGGACGUGGACGGCCCCAACGCUACGCUCGACGCGCUCUCCGCGGCGGCGGCGGCCAACGCCAGCCUCAACGGCUCCGCGCCGGGCCUGGGCGCGGCCAAGGGCUUCUGCCUCGAGUGGGAGGCCGCCCAGCACAACCUCUUCCAGACGGCCAACCUCUUCUUCGCGGCCGCCUUCCUGGUGCCGCGCAGCUUCAAGCAGAGCCUGCUGCUCCUCAGGGCGCUGCUGUGCGUGGGCUUCUUCCUGUCGGCGCUGUGGGCCGGCCUGCACGUGUGCUCGCCCGACGUGUUCGCCUGGAACACGGGGCUGGUGGUGCUGAACGCGCUGCACGCGGCGCUGCUGGCGGCGCGCCACCUGCCGCCGCCGCUGUCGCUGGAGCUGGCCGAGCUCUACCUCAAGCUCUUCAAGCCCCUGCGCGUCUCCAGGAAGCACUUCAAGGAGCUGACGCGCGAGGGGCAGGUGCUGCGGCUGCAGCCGGGCGACACCUACGCCGUGGAGGAGGUGACAGCCGCCGACGAGCGCCUCUCCGUGCUGCUGCGCGGCAAGCUGCGAGUGACGUGCGAUGACACGCAUCUGCACUACAUCUCGCCGCACCAAUUCAUCGACUCGCCCGAGUGGGAGGCGAACCACGACACCAGCGACGACGUCUUUCAAGUGACGAUCACAGCGGAGCAGGAGUGCGUGUACAUCUGCUGGCCGCGGAUCAAGCUGGAACGCGUCCUACGCCAUAGACCGUUGCUCAAGACUGUUCUCGACAACAUCAUCGGCAAGGACAUCACGCACAAGCUGUACUCCCUGAACGAGCAGCUGGCGCUGGCGGGUGCGGCGGCGGUGGCGGAGGCGGCGGCGGCGGCGCUGUCGCGACCGGCCGACCACUGGCGCCACGCCAUGAGCCGCUCGCUCAGCGUGGACGCCGUGCACACGGGCACGCGAGGCCACGUGCGCUCGCUCGCCUGGCGCCAGUCCUCGCACCGCACCUCCUCCGCGCUCACCGAGGGCAAUUUGGGUACGUAUGUAAACAUGACAUCCUACACGCCUAAAAUCCUACACGCCAUAACUCCUACACGCCAAAAAUCUGUGACAAGGAAUGUACGCAUUGUAUUUCUCUUUUUACGAACGCACUUUCAUUACAAUAAUUGUCAGUUACGAUGCAAUAAAAACAUCUAUUUGAAAGAAACUUUAUCAUUUGAAAGGGAGAUGUAUGGUGAUUUUCUUUUUUGUAUUUAUACUGUACAAUUUGAAAAACCAUAUACUACAUUUGGGAUCAUUAAAUUCGUUUUCAAAUUCAAUUAUUAA